ACUUGACGUUCAAAACACAAAUGAAAUGUGAAUUAAAUGAUUGAUUUGAAUGCAAACCAUUACUCAGUAUUCAUUUGAAACAGUGGUAGACAUGAGAUAAUGACCGCACAAAUGGAUCCCAAAAGCAAUUAUAACUACAAUUUGUUUCUUUUCGUCACGUUUUGGGGAUUUUUCAACGCUUUUAUACCACUAAUCGUGAAACUUGUAUUGACGGUAUUUCUCAAUGAGACCCAAAUGGAGGAGUCUUUGAGGCGACAAAUCCGUGAUCUGAAGACAGAGUUGUCGGACAUCUCGAUGUCGGAUGAGUUCGCAAAAUACGCCAAAAUUCAACGCAAACUAAACAAAGCCAAGGAUCAGCUCAAGAGUCAAUCCGACGCGCAGACGAUAUUCAGAAUCAAAGCCAAAGUCUUCUUAUAUAUCAUUCUUUACGCCAUUUCUUCAAUGGUAACGAUGUAUCUGUUGUGGAACUAUCGCUACGAAGUGCUGUUCCGACUGCCGGACCAUCUCUUCUAUCCGUUUGGUUUGCUUCUGUCGUUUCCG